GUAACAGUCAUGUGAAACUGAUAUGACCCAACAUCAGAACACGUGUGUUCAUUUCCCAGACUCACAGCCAGGAGGUCAAAGGUCACUUAGAAAGACGAGGAGGUUCCAGAGCUUUAGGUGAUGAGGGCCGAUGCCGGGGUGGAUGUAAACCAAAACAGCAGAAUGCAUACGUCAUGUCAGUGAUGACGUUUCAGUCGGUACCAAACUUCAAACCUGAUUAAAUUUGUUCAGACUGAGAUUUGCAGGAUUAUAUUGUGUGUGUGUCUGUGCGUGUGAGUGUGUGUCAGUAAUAAGCAGCAUGCUGACCAGGCUGAGUGUGUCCUCCUUAUAAAAGCAGCUCAGUGUGAUCAGAGGGAACUCAUCUCAACUCUUCUCUUCUUCAGGUGUCGACACGUUGAGUCACGAUGAGUCUGAAACACGUUGUCUUCAAGAAAGUGUCCCGCGACAAGUCGGUUGCUGUCUACAUGACCAAGAGAGACUUUGUGGAUCACUGCGACUUUGUGGAUCCAGUCGAUGGAGUCAUCUUCAUCGACCCGCAGCUGCUGCAGGGAAAGAAAGUGUACGUGAUGUUGUCGUGCACAUUUCAAUACGGUCGUCAGGACAUGGAUGUGUUGGGCGUUGCCUUCAGGAGGGACCUGUUCCUGGUGACUCGUCAGGUUUAUCCUGAGCUGCAGGACAAGGACAAGCUAACUCACACUAAGAGCCAACAGAAGCUGCUGCGAAAGCUCGGAGACAACGCAUUCCCCUUCUUCUUUGAGUUUCCAGACAACCUACCGUGUUCUGUCGCUCUGCAGCCGGGACCUUCUGAUGUGGGAAAGAAAUGUGCGGUGGAGUUUGAGGUGAAAGCGUUCUGUGGUCAGAACCAGGACGAGAAGACCAAUAAACAGAGCUCAGUUCGUCUCAGUAUCCGUAAGAUCCAGUUCAGUCCAGAGAAGCAGGACCUGGUUCCUGUGGCAGAGAGCACCUUCGAGUUUCUGAUGUCUGAGAGACCUCUGUCCGUCAAACUGAGCCUGUCCAAAGAGACGUUUUAUCACGGCGAACCCGUCAUUGUGAACGUUGACAUCACAAACUCGUCCAACAGGAACAUCAAAGACAUCAGUGUGUCAGUCGAUCAGGUGACCAAUGUCGUUCUUUACUCCAACGACAAAUACAUCAAAUCCGUCGCCAAAGAGGAAACUGACGACUGUGUUCCUUGUGGGACAUCUCUAAAGAAACACUACACACUGUUUCCUGUUCUGACUCACAACAAAGAUCGAAGAGGAGUCGCUUUGGACGGACGACUGAAACAUGAAGACACAAACCUGGCUUCAUCCAGCAUUGUGAAACAGGAAGUGAUGAAGGAGGUUCAGGGGAUCCUGGUGUCGUAUAAAGUGGUGCUGAGGAUGAUUGCCAGUGGGACGCUGGCAUCCAGUGAACCUGAUGACAUGGUGUUUGAGGACUUUAAGCGAGCUUACCUGAAGGGCGUGGUCUACGGAGACGAUGAUGAGUCUCCUACUGAGGCCUGA